UCCUGAAGCUCAAUAAUCUGCCCUGCUCAUUCGGAUUAUCGUUUUCCUAAACGGAAUUGUAAAAAGCCAUGAAUCGGUUCCCAAAAGGAAAAGCUUUCGAUUUUCAAAAGGAUUUCCUUGGAUUUCCUAAAAUGGUUUUCAGGAAAGUCAUUUUAUUUCGCAUUGUUCUUUCGUAACACAGGUUGUAUUUCGAUUACGAAUACUGUAGAUAAACUAAAAAUACAAUUUGAUUAUAAUGGAUUCCAAUAAUGAUUCACAAAGACGAGGAAAACGUGUCGGCGACACCGAUAUCGAAAGGCAUGAAAAUCCGAAGAAACCAAAAUGGCAAUUACCUAGUGAUCUGGCUUCAUGGUCUUGCACGUAUAAAGUAAAGGCAGAUUGUGUUACAGCUCUAUUGAAAACUUUGCGUCAAUAUGACUUUCCCGACUUAAUGAGUGAUUCUCGGUCGUUACUGAAGACACCUCGUGACACACGUAAAAUGAUUCGAAAUGUUGAACCUGGAGAAUAUAUUCACAUCGGCAUUGCAGAAGGUAUUAAGUACACACUGAGACAAAAUGAGGUGGAUAUAAAUAAAGUAGAGUUCAUCGCCAUUGACUAUAACACGGAUGGAGUCCAAAUGACCGACAGUACCGAUAAUGUAUUUUGGCCUAUUUGGUGCAGAUUAGGAAGUCCUCGCAUUGGAAAACCUUUUUUAACGGGAAAUUACUACAGUUCCACUGGUCAGCCGAAAAGCUUCGACGCGUUCAUGCUUGAUUUCGUUAAUGAGUUUAAGGCACUGAUAGAUGAAGGCUUGAAAAUUGGAUUCAACAAGGUCGUGGAAAUUCGUAUGGGAAUAUUUCUAGGAGAUGCUCCAGCUCGAUGUGACGUUCUAGGUCUAAAAUACCCGACCGGUUAUUAUGGAUGUGGGAGGUGCACAGUCAUAGGGACUUACGCUAAUAAUCGAGUAUGUUUCACCGAUUUGGAUGCUCCGCUAAGAACUGACAAAAACUUUCAAGAGAGAUUGCAACCGGAACAUCAUCAUAUUAGCUCCUUGGUUGAGAAACGCUUAGAGCUGCGUUGCAUAACACAAUCGCCUCUCGAUGGAAUGCAUUUGGUCUAUGGUUGCGCGGUAAGACGUCUUUUGUUCUGGUACAACACUGACACAGUGAAUUAUAAACUUCGACUGUCCGCUACACAAAUCGAUUUAGUGAACGAUAUGUUGAACACUGCAAUGUUAUCGAAACCCAGGGAAUUUGCAAGACCGGUGAGAGACAUUAAAAAGUAUAAAAAGUUUAAAUGCACACAAUUACGGCAAUUUUUGCUGUAUCUCAGUGUUGUUGCAAUGAAAAAGGUGCUGCCUAAGUUUCAGUACGAACAUUUGUUGCUAUUCGUCAUUGGAAUUAGAAUUUUGAGUGAUGAGAAACAGUUCAAACGCAAAAAUGAAAUUGCAGAGAAGAUGCUUUAUGAGUAUGUUAAAACAUUAAGAGAUACUUUUGGAAGAUUUCGUUUAAUUUAUAGCACUCAUAACUUAUUACACUUGGCAAAUGAAUGUUUGAAACAAAAUGCGCCAUUAGACGCAUUUUCGAUGUGGGAAUUCGAAACUGCCAAUUCAGGCCUAAAAGAGUUCACAAAACGCCAAGGAGCAUAUUUAGAGCAAUCGUACAAUCGAACGAUGGAAAAGUACCACAAACGCUUUGAUUUUAAUACACAGACGAAAACAUUUCCGAGUCUGUCGAUGGAAAUAGACAAGGAAUAUGAUGAAGACUACAAUGUGACUGAAACUUUCUUUUAUCGGGUAGAAUAUAAGACAUUUAUGUUGGACUCUUCUGAUGGUAAUCGAUGGUUUUUAACUAAAUUUGGUCACGUUGGUCGGUACGAUAAAGCUAUCCUAAAAUCUGAUAAAAUAAAAAUCCGCUGUCAAGUUUACAAACAAAAAUUUAAUUUUUUCACAAACCCACUAAACUCUACAUUGGUAAACAUAUUUCAUUGUUAUGACAAAGAUCUAUCAACCAACUAUUAUGAGAUCGACGCUGAUUCCGUCGAAGCAAAAAUGUUUAUGAUUAAAUAUGAGAGCAUUUCAUCCGUUUUAAUCUCGUUAUUGUAAAUUAUAGUUGAAGUUUUUCGUUUAUUCAUUUUUAUAUCACAAUUCAUUUAAUCAC